CACAGGAUUUAGGAUUAACACGGAAGAAGGAAAAACCAGCUGAGAUUAAAAAAAGCAUCAAAUGGCAUAUGAGAAUGCCAAAAGUUCUAAAAUCCUUAACAAACCCCCAGCAACGUGCACGUAAAUAAAACCCAUAAGUCAUAAGCCCCCUAAUCUUCACCUCAUCUCGAUUUGGGAAGCGAAAAAUCAUAAAACCAACUAAGAACAGAGCAAGUUUUGCUUCUGCGUCGUCCCCUGAUUCCGGCAAUUGUAUCCCGUGAGGUGUGACUUGUAAGCUGCUACAGUAAGAAAAGGAACAGAAGAAACCAGAAUUGUUAUAUUUUUUUGCCGAAGGAUUACCAGGAAAGCAAUCAUGGAUGUUGAUGCGCAGCCAACGAUGGAUGAAACAAUUUUGGUUGGUGAUGAUUUAAUGACGGGUCCUCCAUCACCUGUAGUACCACCAGAAAUAGCCUCCCAUGUACUCCAAGGUGUUGAUUUGUGUGAUGGAAUUCUCAGGAAUCUCUUUCUCUGCCUGCAAAUCAAUGACAUCGAACCAUUUUGUCAAGAUGAAAUUGCCUUAUAUAAACAAUGUGCUGAAAGAAGGGAUAAGGAGAUACGGAAGCGGCUUCAAGAUAGUGAAUUCAAAUUAGGUUCAUCAAUGCCUCUAGAUGAAGCCAAGGGGAGGGCAUCUCAGCUUGAAGCAGAAGUUACAUCAUUGGAGAGAUUGCAACUGCGGAUUCGUUUACCGUUGGAUCAGGCUGAUUUUUGGACAGCUGGUUCUACGCGCAUGAUACUUCAAAUUGUCCGGUUGGAUCGGGAAAAAGAUAUAUGUAGAGAGAGAUAAGUGUUUCGCAUUAUCUAUUAUAUAUUUUGGGGUUUUAGUGCACUUGUUGGAGGUUCUCUUAUAUCUUCAUUGAUUAUAGUGGAGUUAUUUCUUUGGUCUGGACGACCCCUGAUUUUUAGCCUUGCAUUUUUUCCUUAAUUUCUUUUUUGCGCUCUAUAUUUCAUUGGUACUCCUCGCAGGAUCUUGCAAGUUUAGGGAAAUUUAUUUCCGCUGCUUAUUACACUGUUAGAGUUUGUUAUUGUGUUGGCCUAAUUUCUCCCAUCAACAUGAUCGUCUUUUAUGACUAAACAUUUCAUUGCUUUUAUUUUGAGGAAGCUGCAGCAGCAUCUUGCUCUUCCUAAAGUAUUAUUGGACUUGUCCCCAAAACACGAGUGAUGCUAGAGAAGAAUAUUUGUUCUUAUUAUUUUAUCAUUUGGGCUUCAAA